AUGGACGAGUUUGUUUCUCUUCUGAAGAUCCUCAAGAAGAACGACAAGAUUGCACAAAACGUUCUUCUUAUGAUUUCGGAAAGUUUCAGGUAUAAUGAAGAGGUGGUGGGCGAUGCGCUUAUUAAACACCACAGGAAUCUUCUCUUGAGAGAGCCGGUUUUGGACUUUCUUUUUCUACUCUGCAGCAAGGACGCAAGAUAUCUAGAUCUCUUUAGAAAAUACAGGGGAGAGUUCGAUGUGGACCACAAGAUUUCCAGGCUGCUGUCUGAAGAGAACUUGGAGGGGAAGCCCAAAAGGCCAAAGAUAGACACAAAGGGAAGCACCGAGCCAGCAGAUGCCAGGAGAUCCAAUGAUGCGAAGUGUGCGCCUGUGGACCCUACGGUGGGGGGCGAUCCCAAGAAUAAGGACGUAUCCAAUAAAAAAAUAGGAAAAAACGUGCUUGAGGAGGCGAGAUCAAAAAACUCGUGGGACAAAAAAGAACAUGGGUUUGAGAUCUUGAAUAACGAAUGUUUGAAGGCCGAGGCGGAUCCAUCCAUCCUGUACCCGCCCAGCCAAUGCAAGCUGUGUGGUCUAAGAUACGAGGAUACGCCCGAGGGCGAUGAGCAGAUGGGAAUUCACAUCGACGAGCACAGGAGAAAGGCAAGGGUCCUGGGAGAGAAGGACUGCAUAAGCAGGGAGUUCUUCCCGACCCUCGAGGCGUGGACCAAGAAUAUCGAAAAAAUUAAGCUUAGGCUAGAAGUCGAGAAGGUCGAGAAAAUUGCCCACUCUGGGGGCCCUGCAUUUUGUGAUGUCUGCCGCAACAGAAUAGAGGUUGAGUGGGACGACCAGGAGGACAGAUGGAUUCUCAGGGAUGCCGUCUCCCUUGAGAAGGGAGGAAGGACGAGCUUUUGCCACAGAAAAUGUGUUUUGUAG